AUGAAGGAAGAGUUCCCCAACUAUCAGAUUGGUAACGUUGAUUUUAAAGACAAGACUUGUUUUAAUGAUUUUGAUGGAGAACUUCAUUUUUUAAAUUCAGAACGUCCCUACAUGCGCUGUUUAUCAUUUCAUGCGUUGUUGGCUCGUGAGCAUGCUCUUGAUUACGGAUGGAUUGACGAAAAUGAAUUGAAGGAAUUGGAUGGUGAUGAUAUGUGGUCGGAUGGAUUCCUUGACGAAAAAACCAGGAAAUUCAUUGAUGAGUGGCGGGUUGAUGUUUGCAGUCAAUCGUCUACUGAUUAA